CGAGCAUGACAACAGCACACCCAGGGUUUGAUUGAUUUCAACUUGAAAAAAACACUCUUUCAAUCCAAACAAUUUCUUGCAUAAGCUUUCCCUUUUAUUAUCUUCCAAUCCCAACAACAACCACCACAUCUCUGGUUUUUCUCGAUGGGUCGCCCUCCCAGUAACGGAGGCCCCGCCUUCCGCUUCACCCAGCCGGAGGUAACAGAAAUGGAAGCUAUUCUUUCAGAACACAACAAUGCAAUGCCAGCACGAGAUGUUCUUCAGGCUCUUGCAGACAAGUUCAGCGAAUCACCCGACCGUAAAGGCAAAAUUACCGUACAGAAUAAACAGGUAUGGAAUUGGUUUCAAAAUAAGCGAUAUGCGAUAAGGGCUAAAACUAGUAAGACUCCUGCAAAGUUAAAUAUCACACCCAUGCCUCGGGUUGAUUUGGCCCCAGGAAGGAUUAUGGCUCAACCAACAGCUUCUCCGAUUCCCGCUCCUUCAGCUUCAGUUCAAGGAACAGCAAAAUUAGCUCCUGAAAAUUCAGUUAUGGAAUUUGAAGCUAAAUCUGGAAGGGAUGGAGCAUGGUAUGAUGUGGCUAACUUUCUAUCAUACAGACAUUUGGAGAGCAGUGAUCCGGAAGUGCUAGUGCGCUUUUCCGGUUUUGGAUCUGAUGAAGAUGAGUGGAUUAAUGUACGAAAGAAUGUCAGGCCACGCUCUCUGCCAUGUGAGUCUUCAGAAUGUGUCGCAGUGCUCGCUGGAGAUCUCAUACUUUGUUUUCAGGAAGGUAAAGAACAAGCCCUUUACUUUGAUGCACAUGUCCUUGAUGCUCAAAGACGGAGGCACGACGUAAGAGGUUGUCGUUGUAGAUUUUUGGUUCGCUAUGAUCAUGAUCAGUCUGAGGAAAUGCAGAAUGAUGACUGCAAAACAGAAAUCGUGACGCUUAGGAAGGUUUGUCGGAGGCCUGAAACGGAUUACAGAUUACAUCAACUUCAUGCCGUGAAUGAUGCACCACCUGUGGAUCAUCAGAAGAUUAGCUUGGAUCAUCCAGCAAAUGUUCAUAGCAUGAGGGUUACUAAUUCUUCUGAAAUGGUGCAAAAGCAGCAACAGAUUGCAAAUAUUCAUAUAGUAACACCAGUUUUGCAAACAAACGUUUCCAUUCCACCACAAAGUAUGAAUGUGGAUCCAGUGAAAAUUGAAACAAAACCUGAUAUUCAAGCUGGAAAUCCUAUCACUCUAGGCACCGCCACAUUCAACCCCAGCGUCAUUACUACUAGCAGUGUUCCGGAAGUUUCGACUCAGAACCUGCCCGAAGAGAAGUAACUUGAAUAUGUUUCUGUAAAGCCUAACUAGUUGGAUGGUAAUCUUUUGCACAAAAUGUUGUACAUGAGUUUUUACGCAUGUUUUAUUCGUAUUAUGGGAAAUGAAAAGGGUAAUGUGCUAGAAUUGCACUUUCAUC